AUGUCCUACUCGAAAAAGGGCGGCGCCUACGGCACGCCAGCCGGCGACACCGACUUCCGCAAAAACUGGGAUGUAGACGAAUACGCCGCCAAGGCCAAGGACCGCGAAGCCAAGGAGAAGGAGGAGCGCAAGGCGCGAUGGGAGGCCAAGAUGGCAGGCAAGAAGUACCACCAGCAGCCGACGGGCAACGAGACGUACACGUCAGCGCGGCGCAACGUGCUCGACCUCUCGGCGCAGGUGGGCAAGACGCAGCUGGUGGCGGCGGGCGCGGGCGUGGGGAAGCGCGGGCGCAGCGCCGGCUUCUACUGCGAGUCGUGUGACCUCACCUUCAAGGACAACAAGCAGUUCGUCGAGCACCUGAACACGACGCAGCACCUGCUCAACACGGGGCAGACGACCGAGGUGCGGCGUGCGACGGUCGAGGAGGUCAUGGCGCGCAUCGACAUGUACGUCCGGCGCCGGGACGAUCUCGAGAGGGAGAAGGCCACUAGCCUGCACGACAGGCUGAAGCUGCGCGAGGACGAGAUGGAGAAGGAGGCCGAGGAGAAGAGGGCGAAGCGGAAGGAGGAGGCAGAGAAGAAGAGACUGCAGAGGGAGGAGGCCGCCAAGGUCAAGACGGGCUACAGCGAGGAUCUGAGGAUCGAGGGCGAGCACGACGAGGACGACAUGAUGGCCCAGAUGGGAUUCACCGGGUUUGGAACCACGUCGAAGAAGUGA